UAUUAAUCACUAUGCCUCCAAAGAAAGCACCAACAGGACCUGGAAAAAGUGGCUCCCAAACAACUGGUGUGAGGGUGGUUCCUUCAAGGAGUCAGCAGAUGCCCCUUGCAGGGGUGAGCAGGAGAACCAGCAGUACAUUAAUCCACUUGCAGUACAAACGUCCUCCUACUAUACAAAUGGUGGUUAAAGCCUUGGAGAAAAGCAAUGAUCCCAAAGGUACUUCAGUACCAGCCAUAAAGAGCUACAUUCUCUCAGCCUACCCCACAGUGAAUCCUAUCAUCCUCAAGUACAGUCUGAAGAAAGCCUUGAGUGUUGGCCUUGAAAAAGGCAUUCUCAUCAGGCCUGCAAACUCAAAAGCAACUGGAGCUACAGGACGAUUCAAACUUGCAGCCAAAAAAACUGUGAAGAAAGCCAAUGAAAACAGUAACCCCAAUGUUGGCCCUGCAAAGGCAGAUGUAAAGCUCAAGGCCAAGACAACUGGAGCUGAUAAAAGAUCAGAGGUAAAAAAGCCAAAGAAGUCUGCAGAACUUUCAAAAGGAAAAGGAGCAGAAUCUGGGAAGGCAUCAGGGAAAAGCCAACCAGCAGUAGCCAAGAAAUCAUCCAAGAAGUCAUCUGAUAAAACAUCAAAACCUGAAGGAAAGAAGGAAGUGAAUAAAAAGCUUGGCGAACCUUCAGGCACUGGGAGAACAGAUAAGGUGGUGAAAAAGAGAGGUGGACUUUCAGAAGCCUUGCCAAAUAAGGCUUUAAAGUAGUCUUCUGCCUUGCUUGUUUCUCCCUUCCUGCCUUGGAUCCUUGAGUCUUUCUUCACAGGGUCACAGACUAGCUCCAGAUGAGCUUCAACCAUCCACCAGUAUGGCUGGGUCCAGGAGGGGCUGCUGAUGGCCAAACACAUCUCAUGGGGCAGGCUGUCUCUGAACAAAUGAAUAGCAACUUUUAAAUUUAAUGUAUUUUGUAGAUUUGUUUAAUAAAGUUCUAACAAGAUGUA